AUGGCUCGAAUCGCCUUCUUAGCCUUAACUUAUGCAACCCUCAGCUUGUUGGUUUUAACACCUUUCAAUGCCGCAAAUGCGGCGCUAGCACCGUCAUCCGCACCGGAGGAAUAUGCAGCAGGACUCGCCGUGACGGGACUCGCCGCGGGGGCAGCGCCAGCGGCUGCGGCGUUCCCGAUCUGCCCGCGGACGGGCGCACGGCCCGUGAAGCCGACAGUGCCGCCCAUUCGGUGCCUGUCUGCCGCCCAGUACACGUGCUGUAGCUCGUGCGAGGACUUCGUCAUUUCGCUACAGCAGGUAGGCCAUAUUUUCGCCUCAGCAGAACGCGGUGAACGCGACGGCGCUGCUGCUGGCUGUAGCGCCGGCCUCGUUCCACAGCUGGCGGACUCCACGCUUACCCCCUCCUGCCUUUCCCCCAUCUCCUCUUCCCCCGGUCGUUUCCCGCAGAACGCGGUCAAUGCCACGGCGCUUCUGCUGGCUGUAGCGCCGAGCCUCAACGCGGUCAACGCGACGGCGCUUCUCCUGGCCGUAGCGCCCAGCUUGGUGCUGCAGCUGGCGGACUCCACCCUGGGCUCCGACUAUCAGUCGUGCGACGUCACGGGGCCUUACACCGAGGGGCAGUUCAUACUGGAGCAGUUUAUAUGCGGGAUCACGUGUAACCCGGACAGCGGAUUGUACUUCGCGCUUCUCCCCAAGCCCACUGUAUCGGUGUGCAAGAACGUAUCGCAGCAGUUCUAUGGCGCCGUGAAGGACGUCACCUUCCCCGGGUUCCCCGGCACGCUAGGCUCGUUUGUGAACAGCCCGGACACAUUCACGCGGCAGCUCUUUCAGGGGUUUGCUACCGCGGUGGGCAUCAAGGACUUGCAAGUCAACUUCGUGGAUCCCCUUCUCAAGGCCUGCUGGAACAUGACAGGAAGGCCGCUUCCUGCUGCUGCCGGCUGCUGCGACCCAUUCAUCCUCCCCGCCACCUGUCCCCGCAAUCUCCUCGACACCACUGCCCACCCCGAAUACCUCAAAGUGCUCAACCGCACUGUUCCGGACUUUUGCAGCAACCAGACAAACGCCGCCGCCCCUCCGUCCGCCUCCUCCCCGCCUGCACCUGGAGAAUCUCCUGCUGGUUCGUCUCCGCCUGCACCUGAAGAAUCUCCUGCUAAUUCGUCCCCGCCUGCACCUGAAGAAUCUCCUGCUAAUUCGUCCCCGCCUGCACCUGAAGAAUCCCCUGCUGCUUCGUCUCCGCCCGCGCCUGGUAGCCCGGCAAGCGGUACAGCAAGUGGUAACCCUAGUGCUGCUGGUACCGGUAAUUCGUCUCCACCGCCGCCGCCCGGCAAAGCAGCAGGCUCGGCAGGGUUUUUUGGUCCGGGUUCGAUGCUUACUGUGCUGGUUGCUGGUGUGCUUGCGUUGUUGGUGUGA